GCAUGAUUGGUCGAUCGUUUCAAACAUUCAAACGACCGUUAUCGUUCAUCUUAUCAACGACAACAGCAAGAAGGAACCAGUCGUGAUUAGCGUAGAUAAAGAACGAAAACCAACAAGUCUAAACUCUAAAUAAUAUAGCCAAUAAGCUGAAAGUCCAAGUCCAUUGUUCAAGUUCAAUAGAAGUGUCUAAUGUCUAUGCCAUAAGUGGAGUCAAGUGAGUCAAGUGAGCACUGUCAAGAGUGUCAACAACAAUAAUUAUUAGCCACAGACUACAGCCGUCCGCCACACAGUUGUAAUUCUCGUUUAAAAUAAUAUUAUUAUCAUCAUCGUCAUUUCACUACAAUCUAUCGAUUGUCUGCGCUCCCGAACCGUGGUUUAUACGACAUCUGCAUAAUACUUUUUUCCACCAUGACGAGAUAUUUUAAUGUUGACAUUGAUAAUAUAAUCACCGACUAUGAAUUAGCACACCAAAAUUCAAAGGAAAACUUUAUCAACAAAAUAAAACGAUCCCAUGAUGAUAUACUGAAAGUAUACACACAGGACAUAGACGAAUACAACAAGACAUUAAAAAAUCUCUCAGAUGUAAAUAACAAAAUUAGCAAGAGCCGUGAUACACUUCAGCACAUAUCAGACAAAGUCAAAUGUGAACAGCAGAUAUUGCAAACAGAAAACGAUCGCUUGGAGUCUAUUAAUAAUGAAUGCAGUACUCUGGGAGUUACAGAAAUUGAGCUGAAUGACGAGAUAAAUAAAACCAAAGAGCAACUCACCCACGUAUAUAAAGAAAAAAAAGCAAGCCUAAAAAAACUUAAAAGAGAAAUAAAUUCAUUUAGAACUGGAGUUAACAUGUAUGAGCGAUUUUUACAGUUGAAUAUGAAUAUUGAAUGUAAUGAAAUAACUACUGUAAUCAAUAUUACCAUGAAAAAUGUAAAAAAAAAUUCAGGCUACCAAGUCAUUUUUGAGGAAAAUGAUAACAACUUUAAACUUAUUGACAUUAUUCCACGUAGCCAAACAAUUAUGAAGGCAGCAACAUUGUAUGAUCAAAAUAAAGAUAUCCAAGGCCUGUUAGCUUUCUUAUAUUAUAAUACAAAAGAAUAACCAAUAAAUCACAUAUUAUUAUAAACUGUAUUAUAGUGUAUUUAUAUAUUAUGUUUUCACUGUUGUUCUCUAACUAUGUAUUUUGUAUUUUAAACAUUUAACUGCUAUGUAUUUUACUAACUUGUACAUGUAAAUACUAUAGAAUUUUUAGAUUUUUAUACUGAGCUAAUUAUUUUUAUAAUUUAAAAAUAUAUAGCCCAUAUGGGUAAACUUAACCUUA